AUGGAUUCGAAUAGCGAAGAGCUCCUGGAAGCCUUUCGGAGAGCAACAAACGAACUCAAGCUCUGUCCAAAUCGCGUAUGGGCUGUUGCAGGGGAGGACUUGCCCCAGCUCUUACCGAAGCUAGAGGGAAAGGGGAGCCACGUCGACCAAAACAAGCAUGAGCUAUGUACGUUCGAUUUUUGUGAAUACUCGCGGCGCGACUUUACUGCGAUCCAACAACGCCACGAGUGUGCGCACAAAAGGUGCACACGACUACGCUAUCGAUUUCCAAGGCGAAUACUUGAACAGAGUGCGAGGAGUGGAAGGUCAACCGUGUGGAAUUUGACUGGAAAUGCCAUGCUUAAACCUCCUCGGCCAUAUAUGGCAGUUUCUCACGUCUGGUCAGAUGGAACCGGCACUGGUGCCUGGCAGGACGGAGAAGUCAACGAAUGCCUAUACUCAUUUUUCCGAGGCAUUGCGGAACAGUUCCAAUGCGAGGGAAUCUGGUGGGACACUCUUUGUAUUCCACGAGAAAAGACCGCCCGGACUGAAGCUAUACGGAGAAUCCAGAGCAACUAUCAGGACGCUCGAAUCACCUUGGUGCAUGAUUUGUUCCUCCGAAACUGGGAGUGGAACCCCAAAACUGCAUGCUUUGCUAUUCUUAUGUCGCCUUGGUUUAGUCGAGGCUGGACUGCCCUAGAAUUAGCCAAGUCGCCUAAGGUAAAGGUGAUCUUCAAAGGACACUACGGCCCUGUCAUAAAAGAUCUCGAUGAAGAAAUCCUUGCAAUGGAAGAUGAAAACGAGGAAGACGAGGACGAAAGGCGCCGGAAAAGAGCUUCUCAGAUUAUCCGGAAUCUCAGGAAAGAAAUCAGAUCACUGAACGAACUGUUGACCGUACUAGGUCCACGCUAUACAUCUUGGCCGAAGGACCUAUCUAUCAUCUCUGCACUGCUAGUGGAUGUUGAACCGGAUGAGCUGCAGCAAAACACGUAUAUGCGCAUCCUAAACAAGAUCGAGAAUAUUUCAGCGGGACAUCUCUUCCACAACGCUGCGACCAUGUCUACAGGAUUCAGCUGGUGCUCUACCAGUCUGUUUUAUAUGCCUUUGGACAAUUCUCCUAAGGCCUGGCUGAAGAUUACCGAUAACGGCAUCCGAGGGAUGUGGCGUAUCAUUUCUGUGGACGAAACACUUGAAAAGAAUUGUCUGUGGAACGGCUCGCAUCCUCUGGUAAGACGGCAACUCCAAGAUACCCUUCAGAAGUACCCUAAACAAUGCCGGCUCUUGGCUGAGUGCGGCACUGAACAAGUUAGAAGGGCUUUAUUGGUGAGAGAAAUGCAAGAGGCAAGAGGAAUUGAUGAGCCGCUCCGCUGUCAAUACGUCGGUGCGCUAUACGUGCGCCAGGAGCUGAAGGCGAAUAAAGUUGAUGAAGUUGUGAUUGUCCACUCCAACAUGCACCGCGUAGAGAAAGCGGAACAGUCAACCAGCACUCCAGAAGGCAAAAAGAUCGAGAUGCUACGGCGCGCGGUAUGGAGGGGAGAUUACGCCACAUUCGAGAAGCUAGUCGGAGAUGCCAGCUUAAAUGACCCAGACGAACUUGGACGACGGCCAUUACAUCUUGCAGCGGAACGUGGGCACAAACGGAUGGUCGAAGAUUUAGUUCGUUACAAUGUUGACUUAAACGUACGGUGCGACAAUGGGCAGACUGCGUUACAUCGCGCUGCUUGGGGAGGCUCGGCUGCUGUCGUGGAACUCUUACAAGAUAAAAUCGACGAAAUGGCGAGGGACAAAGACCGGAACACUGCACUGCACAUAGCAGCAAAGAUGGGAUUUGCGUCCGUUGCGAAGCUUCUCAUUCAAAAAAGCACUAUUAACAUGGAGGGCUGUAAUAACCUGACGGCUCUACACUUCGCGGCGAUGAGCGGAUACAGAUCAGUGACGGAGUUGCUCAAGGAUGCUAACUUCGAAGCUAAGGAUGACAAGAUUGGUUGGACGCCGUUGCAUUGUGCGGCCGAUAACGGGGACCAAGAGUUAGUCAGGCUUCUGAUAGACUACGGAGCGGAUGUCAACAUGAAAGAUGAUCAUGUCGGUUGGACGCCCCUGCAUUUCGCGGCGAUAAAUGGGCAUAAAGGUGUCGUCAACCUUUUGCUCGGGAAGGGCGCACGUAUCACCGCCAACGACAACCACGAUUGGACGCCGCGAAAAUUCGCGGAAAUGAAUGGGCAUGUGGAGGUAGUUGAGCUGCUCUAUAGUAAGGACAGCAAAAGUGCUGAUGCAAUAUCUGCAAACGGGAACUGUUGGACAUCACUGCACUGCAAGGCGAUAAACAACGAGAAGGGAAUAGCGAAGCUACUGGCCGACAAUGGUGCUGACGUCUAUUUGAAAGAGAGGGAUAAGAGUUGGACACCACUGCAAUUUGCUAUAGAGAAUGGGCUCGUGACGGCGAUCCGGCGACUGCUCGAGAAGGACGCCAAUGUUAUAGCAAACGAUGGCCAGACGCCGGUACACCUGGCCGCCUUAGGUGGGCACGAGGCGUCCGCACGGCUGCUACUCGACCUAGGCGCCGACAAGGAGGCCAGAGACUCGAAUGGCCGGACGGCGUUACACCUGGCCGGCUUACGCGGGCACGAGGAGGUCACACGACUGCUACUCGAGGCAGGCGCCGACAAGGAAGCAAAAGACUCGUUCUACCGGACGCCGCUACACUACGCAGCCGAGUAUGGGCACGAGGCAGUUGCGCGGAUGCUGCUCGAAGCGGGCGCCGAUACGGAGGCUAGAGACUCGACCAGAGACAUAAAGGGCCAGACUUCGCUACACCGGGCCGCCGACCGCGGGCACCAAGAGGUUGUACGGAUACUACUCGAAGUAAGCGCCGAUAAGGAGGCGGAAGACUUAUAUCACCGGACGCCGUUACACCGUGCAGCUAAGCACGGACACGAGGCGGUCGCGAGGAUACUGCUAGAGGUAGGCGCUGACAAGGAGGCGAAGGACUACUUUUACUACACGCCGCUGCACUGGGCAGCUAAGCACGGGCACGAGGCGGUUGUACGGAUGCUGCUCGAAGUAGAUGCCGAUAAGGAAGCCAGAGACUCGAAUGGCCGGACGCCGCUGCACUACGCAGCCAAGCACGGGCACGAGGCGGUUUCGCGGAUGCUGCUCGAGGUAGGCACCGACAAGGAGGCACAUAUCGAUGAAGAUACGUUUGCUCGGUUAUGUGAAUUUGCAUACUUUCGAAAUUACACACCCCCGACGUUUCGCCUGAUCGAUGGAAGAACCCCUUCCACUAAGGUCACAGAGAAGGUAAAGGAGAAGAAGAAACGGAAAAAGAACCGCUCAAGUCUCAACUGGAACGACAUUUCAAUGGAGCCUGUACCUGAGCCGGAACCCGAGCCGGAGCCCGCGGAGGCUGAACCGGAGACGCCACCAUCCGAAGACGCCUACGACGAUCGGGAGAUCCCAUACAAAGAGAGAAGCGUGUGGACGGGGCAAUUACGCGAUGCAUUUGAGCAGAGCCUAGUCGUUCCCAAUCCGCAAUCUACCGACUUGAACUAUAGCUUCACGCCACCCGAAAAUACUGGGUCCUGGGAAGACUUCACCCCAGUGUUUCUCGAACAAGCUCGGCUAUACGUGUUGGCCGACAAAUAUUGCAUAGACUCAUUGUGCCAACUUGUACUCUCUAAGUUGCAUCAAACGUUGAAAAGCUUCAAACUUUAUGAUACCGGUUUGAAUGGUAUCAUUGAGCUUGUUCGAUUCGUCAAUAGGAACGCACCACCAAAUUACGGUGAUAAAAUUGAUGGCAUGAGGAAUCUUGUAACGCGUUACGUUGUUUCUGUUCUUGGUCAAGUCGGCGAAAGUGAAUGUUUCCGAGAACUCUUAGCAGAAGGCGGUCCUUUCGUGAGUGAUUUUUGGAACACUAUCUGGGGUAUCGAGGGAAAGUCAAGCGCAUGA